UAAGAAAAUAUUUUAAUACGAACACAAACGCAGCCAAAAAUUUUUAACUAAACAAAGAAAAAGGAAUUAUGACUGUUUCUUAUACGGCAGAGGUGGCUUCCUGCCGUGGCUUUGGCUGCUUUCUCAAGCUAUUAAGAAGAUGGCGCGGCAGCAUUUACAAGCUCAUUUGGCGAGAUUUACUCGCUUUUUUAUUUAUUUACUAUACGCUCAACUUGGUUUAUCAAUUUUUAUUGAAUGCAAAUGGUCAGGAUACAUUUGAAAAUCUCGUGCACUACUGCAACAGUUACGGCUCACUCAUACCGCUCUCCUUCGUGCUCGGCUUUUAUGUUACCGUCGUAAUGCAACGUUGGUGGGAUCAAUAUAUGACCAUACCAUGGCCCGAUCCCAUAGCAGUUUUUGUGAGCGCCAACGUGCAUGGACAAGAUGAGCGUGCGCGUGUUAUGCGUCGCACUGUUAUGCGUUAUGUCUGUCUCUGUCUCACCAUUGUUUUUACGCAGAUUGCACCACGUGUUAAGAAACGCUUUCCCACGCUCGAUCAUUUAGUCGAAGCGGGCUUACUAUUGGAGAAUGAGAAACUCGUUAUACAAGAUUUGAAUGUCGCUUUCCCGAAAUAUCCGAAGUAUUGGUUACCCAUUGUAUGGGCAGCGAGCAUUAUAACACGCGCCCGCAAGGAGGGACGCAUACGUGAUGACUUCUCGGUGAAGACGAUUAUAGAUGCUUUGAAUAGUUUCCGUGGAAAUUGUGGUGUUUUGCUAUUCUACGAUACGAUCUCUGUACCGCUUGUGUAUACACAGGUCGUCACUUUGGCUGUUUAUACGUACUUCAUAUGCCAAGUGAUCGGCCAUCAGUGGACUAAACAUGAUAACCAAAACUAUGUUGAUCUCUAUUUCCCUAUAUUCACCACACUGCAAUUCUUCUUCUACAUGGGUUGGCUGAAAGUGGCCGAAACGCUGAUAAAUCCUUUUGGCGAAGAUGAUGAUGAUUUUGAGGUUAACUGGAUGAUUGAUCGGAAUUUGCAAGUUUCCUAUCUCAUUGUCGAUGAAAUGCAUCAUGAGCAUCCAGAACUGGUUAAGGAUCAAUAUUGGGAUGAAAUCUUUCCCAAUGAGUUGCCUUAUCAAGUUGACAGCAAACGCGAACAUCCACCUGUACAAUCCACUGCCAAAUUAGAUUUUACUACCAAUCAGACGGUGCUCUCACGUUCUGGUUCCAAAUAUGAUGGCAUGACCAACAGCACGCGUAUUGACGAUCGUCCCACCGCAUCUUCAUCUCUCAGUCGUCUAACCGACACCAGUCUACGUUUCCGAACGGCAAUCCAAAGAUUUCUUACACGCGAUUCAAAUGAGAAAGAUAAUAACACAACACAACCGGAUGCCGAGAAACAGACCUCGCCUCAAACUAAUGGCUCCGUUCAUUCUAUAGCAAAAUCAGUUCGACCGUCAGAGGCAUUGCAUAUAAUCGAUGAGAAGGCCGAUGAUGUAGAUGCCGAUAGAACCUUAACAGAACAUCAGUCAGAGAUAACACCGACCAAGGAUGUGCGUGACGUAUUCCGUGGUGGCGACCAUGAUGACGACCAUGUAGCGCCAAGUAGUAUGGAAAGUUUGUAUAGGGAGAGUGGCACAUCAGCACUAGUGACAUUUGAGGACAUUGAUGAAGACGUUGAGGAAGAGGAAGAAACCGAAGAUCAGUUCGAACGGUUGCGAGAAGAGCGUGAACGUGAGCGUUUUGAACGACAGAAGUUGAAAUAUGCACGCGGCAUAUCGGCGGCAACCAAUUUGAGCUUGGAUGGCGAUCUGCCGGGUAUUGCACCAAUGCAAUCGCCUACCGCGCGUGGCAUGCCACCAGCUGAGGAAACAUUCAGCGUGCAAUCGUUGACCAGGCAAAUGACAUCGCCAAUGGCAAUUGGUACGGCACAACAGCAACAUGAGCAACACCCAAAACGCAGUGCAAAGAAACAGCAACAACAAAGCGAAGGGGACGAGGAAGAGGAACUAAUAGAAGAGGAGGAGUCUGAGGAUGAGCGGAAGUGAAUUUCCUAUGAGCGUUUUAUAGUCAUUUUUAACCACUGCAUACAUACAUAUUUACAUGAUUUUUUUUUAUUUUUUUUUUCAUAUUUUACGCUUUCAAAACAUUUUCUA